AGCUGCGCUAGCAGGAGGAAGACGCGUGUUCCUUCGUGUGCUGCCGGGAAGGAACUUGGUCGGGCAGGUGAGUCGGAUCAGUUGCUGGGCCGUGAGCAGAAGGAGGUGGAAAACAUUUUGUGGCCUGUCUCAUCCCUAUCAGUCUUGCGUAGAUUUCUCGUAUCAGCCAUGAUAAAAGACAAAGAAGCAUUUCAGCGACUCAGUUUUCUUUACCAGGCCGCACAUUGUGUCUUGGCACAAAACCCAGACAACCAGGAGCUGGCUCGUUUCUAUUGCCAUACGCAGAACAGCAUCAGCCGACGGCUUGUCUUAAGACAAGACCUUGGGUCUGUGAAACGAACCAUCUGUAAAUCUUGUUUCUCCCUCCUUGUCCCUGGAGUCAGCUCGACUGUACGCCAGAGAAAGCGCCGUAAUCAGCGUUGGACUGUUGUGAGGUGUCUCAACUGUGGCUUAACCAAGCGGUUCCUCAGCAACCCUGAUUAUAAAUUGUGGUCCAAACAACCGGAGUCAUUACUGGAGAACCAGAAUGGUGGCCAGUGA